AUGUCUCAGAUGGAACUAGAUGUUGGCCAUCAACACGAGCUCGACCAUGGAAUAAACCCAUACGAGGAUCCUGAAGAGCACCAGGCUGCGGUUUCUUCUUUAUACUCGUAUCUUCUCUACCGUCGCGCUGCCCACCGUAAUUUAACACACCGCCGGCGAAAUGCCUUCUAUAACCUUCCAUGUGCACACCAAGAUCUUCUUCAAAAGCUCCCCAUCUCGUAUCUUAAGAAAUUGGAUAUGGUAGACGAUGCGAUCGAGCACAAUGCACUCCUCUCUGAAGCGAUAUUCCGUACAGCUGGUGAAUCGUUUGGCAUUGAUAUCCCAUCGGACAAGGAGGGUAAGAAGGCACUGGAGAAGAUGGUGACGCCUGAAGACCUGGAUAAGGUUAGGAGCACUAUCAAGCAAUUCUAUCGAGAUUGGAGUGCGGAAGGAGCAGUGGAAAGGGAUGUGUGUUACGGCCCAGUUAUGAAAGAACUGGAAGAGAGAUAUGGUGCAUUGGGAAGUGGGGAAAAAGCAGGUAUCAGGGUCUUGGUUCCCGGGGCUGGGCUAGGCAGGCUGGCAUUUGAUAUUGCAAUAGCAGGUUUUAGUGCUCAGGGAAAUGAAUUCUCUUAUCAUCAGCUUAUGGCCUCCAACUUUAUCCUCAACCACUCCAGUAAAGCCAAUGAGUUCGUUCUCCACCCCUUUAUUAACACCUUCUCCAACCACAAGUCUGUUACCAACCAACUACGGCCCGUCCUCAUCCCAGACGUCCACCCAGCGUCUCUUCUUGCCACGACGGAUGACCGCUUCUCCAUGAGCGCCAGCGACUUCAUAUCCGGCUACAGAGGCCCCGAGUCGGCCGGAACAUUCGAAGUAUGUGCCACCGUGUUUUUCAUCGACACAGCUCCCAAUUUAUGUGCAUACCUCGAAACAAUUCGGAAUCUCCUCGUCCCAGGCGGCGUGUGGAUCAACUUUGGCCCGCUCCUAUGGCACUACGAGGACCACCGUCCGCCAAAAAGGGAAGAAGGAGAUGGCAGCUUCGAGAUAUCUCUUGAGGAAGUGCUGGAGCUGAUUCCCGCUUACGGAUUCAAGAUUGUCAAGAGAGGCAAGGGGAAUACCGCGUAUGUGGGUGACGGUAUGAGCAUGCUGACUCACUCCUACGAGGCUGAGUUUUGGGUUGCGGAGAAAAUUUAG